UUUGUGUCUUCUCAUGUUCAUCGCCGGCAUCGUCUGAGUUUCAUAAUUAAGAAGAUGGAUUAUCAACAGUCAUUAGCAGUUAGUUAUUCACAAAAUGAAAACUCAGCAACAUGGCAUCAAGUUCAACAACCCAAUAUCAAGAAGGAUAAUGAAUUUAUGGGGAUAAACCUUCUUUUACUCGAUGAACCGUGCUCAGUAAUCCAUACCUUUAUCCCAUCAGCCUAUGCCUCUCAAUUUCGUAAUGUUUUACGUGAAGGCGUAAUCUUCAAUUUUGGAGGAUUUAAAGUGGGUCGAUGGACAAGGCUUUGCAAGAUCAUUUGUUUCCUUUCUGCCACAAAAAUCGUUGAAGUUCCAGAUACAUCGAGUAGAAUACGAUUGAAAGAAAUGGUUUCCAUGCUGCAACGACUACCGCUACUCCACCACAAUCCUACUGUCCAACGACUACCGCUACACCUUCCUAGGGAACAUAGCAAUGUAUUUGAAAAAAAAGAUAAGCUUGAUAAUGAGGAAUAUCGUUACGGACAUGGGACGGCAAUGCUUACGUAGUGUUUUGAAAUGAACAACAUAUGUCAAGAAGCCCAGAAGUUGAAACAUAUUCAGAUGCCAACAGAAUUUUUGUGGGAUAGUGCAAAUAAAAUGUAUCGUAGAAGAGAGCAGCGGAAAAACAUUCGAAGGGUUAUAAACAUACACCCUACAUUAGGUGAUUUUUAAUGUCUUCGGAUCAUUCUCAACGAUGUGAAGGGUGUCACAAGUUUCGAUCAUUUGAAGAUUGUAGGAGUGUUAUACAUAAUAGUUUUAAAGCAGCAUGUUACGCAAGAUGAUUGUUAGAUGGAAACAAAUAAUGGGAUGAAGCUAUUGAUGAAG